AUGCCUAAACAUACCUAUUAUUUUUUCACAUUUUGGACUUUUUGGUUGAUUUUCACAGUUUAUCUUGCGCAGAAUCCGUUUUAUUCGGGAAACCAAGUUCCAUGGGAUAAUUGCGAUCAGACAAAACAAUGGGAACCACCAACAAGAAGUUAUAUCAAUAAAGAGCAAUAUUUGAGUGAGAAGGCAAAGUGAGUUGAGAACCUUAAGAACCCUAAACUAUUAAGGAUAAGUUUUCAGAGUCAGACAGUGGCGAGCUAGAAAUCAAUUUUUUCGGGACAAUAAUUUUACAAGAAUUGAUUAUGGAACUACGGAAUUGGUUUAUUGCAAAAAUACUGUGAGUUAAAAGCGUUUUGUAUCUGUGAUAGUUUUUUAAAUUCAAAUUUGUAUCUUAACGUUGCCUAGCUUCGUAAAAAUAGGUUUACUACCAAAGAAAAUGUUACGUUGUCCAAGUUUUUAAAACUUGUACUUCGCUGGGUGGCAAGGAUUUAAGUGGAUAAAAACCACUCUGUACAAACAAGAGUUUGACAUGCAACAGAUUUAUUGAGCGCAAAUCAUUUUAUAAGAAGAUGGGGACGGUUUAAGACCGUCAAGAGACGAAACAAACUACAAAAAUCUACAAAAGCAAAGGAAAACCAAACUCUCGAAAAAAAAACCAAAAAAAUCUCUUCGAAAACUUGAAAAAGAAAGUAAAAACCGAAGAGGCGCACCACAAACGCGUCAGUGCUUUGACGUUAGCGCGUUCUGUGUGCACUCGCGGCUAUUUGAAAAAGGUUUUUAUUCACACGACUGUGACUCAAAAACACGGAACUUUGGUUUUCAAAAAUUUCAACAUAUUUCCAGGAAAAAGAACAAAUAUCUUGCGAUUUCUCCACCAAAACUGCCAUUAUCAACCCAAUCCAAACAUCUUCCAUAAAAUCUAUUCUCCGAACUGUGGAACUCGAUCCAUAUGUUGCAUCAGCCCUCAGAUUUGUGAUUCUAGAAACUUUGAGCUUUAGAAUGGUACAGAAAACCUUGUGGAAAAAAUUCAGAAGUAAAAUUUCAGACUUUUUCAAUCAUUCGCACUUCCGAUGUUUUGAUAAAUCGUCCAGUUCUUCCAAGAGUUAUCCAAUUUUUAUUCUCGAUUUCUACUUAUGUUGUUUGCCUGCAAGGAAUUUCGCUGUUUGCUGUAACAGUUCUACACAGCGCAUUUGAUAAGCCCAGUAAGAUAAGAUAGAGAUUUCAGAGUGUGGAAACAUGGGCUUGAAAACAUUUUUUGACGCAAAUAUUGACUCAAAAAUGUAUGUAAUGUUCAGCCCCGUGAAUCCCUGCUAUAAAUUUUUUCCAUAAUUAUUCAGUGAUUUCGAAAUAGUUUUUUUGACUCUCAAACCCCUCAAAUUUUCAGUCAAAGUUGCUCAUCCCUAUUGCUAUCUAUUUUUGGGAAUCUUCACCUUCCUUGAAAUGCUCAUCGAUCUUCUUCACGAUUCAGUCGACAUUCGAACGCAUCCUAUGAAAUCUCCAAAAUUCUACUUAAAAUCCCUAUUUUUUGUGUUCUUCUGCCUGGCUUUUCCAAGAGUUGUGAUGAAUUGGAUCGAAUUUUUUGAACAUAAAAAUUGUCAUGCUUAUGUUUCACUUUUCGACGGAAUUUUGGAAUAUUUAUGUGCCUUUUCGAUUAUUAUUUUUACGCUGUCAAAUACGUUGAUGAAUGUUCAGGUGAUUUUUUUUAUGUUAAAGUAACUUCUAAAACCACGUUAAAUUUAAAAAAAAAACUAACAAGGGAACCUUUUUUACUCAACACUUCAAAUCUUGAUGAAAUUUGGUCCAUGGACAGCUUUUGGGACCAUAAGAACACCCUAAAAAUUUCAGUCUCCCAAUGGACCUCUGAGCCAAGUUCUGGGCUCUCAAAAGUACAAAAAAGGCCUAAAAAUGGUCAUAAAAGUCAUCAUAGCUCCAUUUCAAAAAUUUUUUUGGGACAAAUGAAGUUUCAGAUAUUGAUCAGCAUAGUCGAUUACCUAAAAGUACAUCAAUAAAAAACUUUAUUUCGAAAAAUUUUGAAGUUUUUUAUUUUUGAGCUGAAAAUUCAUGAAAAUUCAUAUGUGCCCCCCUGCUCAUUCUUUUUUUCAAAAUCAAAAAUUUUUCUGAAAAUUCGAUUUAUUGAUGUUUUUUGGGUAAAUCGACCACGCUGAUCAUCAUCUGCUACUCAGUUUUUGAUAAAAAUUAUCGAAAAUUGAGUUAUGACGUGUUUCAUGAGCCAAUUUUGGCAAUUUUUGAACUUUUGAGAGCCCAGAACUUGGCUCAGAGGUCCAUUGGGAGACUAAAAUUUUUAGGGUGUUCUUAUGGUCCCAAAAGCUGUCCAUGGACCAAAUUUCAUCAUGAUUUGAAGUGUUGAGUAAAAAAGGUUUCCUUGUAAAUAAUUAAUAAAUUUAAUUCUAAAUUCUUCCAGAUGUACAUCACACCCUCAAUUCAAGACAUCGAUUACAGUUCGCCAUAUCCGAAAGAAGUUUAUUAUCCAGCUUUCAAAGAGGAAAAAUCUCCAAUUUAUGAAAGCUUAAAUAAUUUGAAUAAAUAA